UAAACCUAGAGUGUUCAGAGUAUAUUUAACACGGUGGGUCUGAGAGGAUUUUAAAGUAAUAAAUCCUGUGUGAAUUAAAAUAUCUAUAUGUCUUGUGCAUGAUAGUGCAAGUGCAGCUCGAUUUGUUUCGUGUUUGUGCUUUAUUCAGAGUAUGUCAAGUUUAAAAAAAGUGUGGUUUGCAGGGCACGCUGAUACUUCAAGGAUUAGAGCUUUUUUUAAUUUGAUACAUGACAAGAAAAGUUGCAGAAUGCUGAAUUCUUUUCUAAUGAUAGAAAAAAAUAAGUUUUGAAGAUUAAAAGCUAGAUGCUAAGAACAAUAACGGAAUGUUUUAUUUAAUGAUAUAUAUCUUUGUAUUAAUAGUCAUCUUGAUUUGUAUUGUAUUCAUCUAUUAGUGCUACUAAAAUCAUGUUAAUCGUUCUCUUAGUCUAAAUAAGACAAUAUUCUUUUUUUCAUAACACAGCAACAAAAGUUAGCAAAAAAUAUUAUUAUAACGGAUACAGUGAUGUUAUAAUAGAUAUAUUUCGCAACGCUAGAAAGAAAUCUGUAACAAAAAAAAGAAUAGUUCUCAUUUUUCUUAGAUUAUGAUGUGUGUUUGUUUAUUUUCUCUUAGCUGUUUCAUUCAAUCAACCAAAAUUCUGUCCAACAGCAGCCUGGAACAAAUAUGCAUUCACUUUUGCCAAUCAAUCAGUAGUUGGUGAAUAUCCUGCUGCCAUAUUUAUCAAUACAAAUAAUACAGUCUUUAUCGGUGAUCGACAGACAGAUACGAUCUUGAUAUGGGAUGAAAAUAGUACUACGCCAAUUAAGAAUAUAUCACGCGGCGUCUGGGACCCCUUCUCUAUCUUCGUAACACCAAAUGGUGAUAUUUAUAUCGAUGAUGGUGAACAAAAUGGUCGAGUACAAAUAUGGAUUGCAAGUACUGAGACAUUUGUCACUAUUAUGGAUGUCAGUAGGAAGUGUUAUGGGCUUUUUGUUGAUACCAACAACAGUUUGUAG